GGGCCGAGCGGGCUGAGCCGGGAGUCGGCCGGUGACCCACCCAGCCGAGCCUCCCCCGGUCCGUGCCACCCACUGCAGCCCUCUGGGUGGGAGCUAGGCCGUCUUCCUUCGUGGGGCCCUGGACGUCUGCAGCUGGCUCCCCUUCUGAGGACCCGGGCAUCAUGCACCUCGGGGUCACCGCGGACGCGCGAGAGGGCCCCCAGAGCCUGCCCUGGCCCUUGGUCUCUCGGCUGCUGGGGGCAUUCCACAGCCCAAAACAGGUGACCAGAGCUUUUGCUGGUGGUGUUCAGACAGUAACUUUAAUUCCAGGAGAUGGAAUUGGCCCUGAAAUUUCAGCUGCAGUUAUGAAAAUUUUUGAUGCUGCCAAAGCACCUAUCCAGUGGGAGGAGCGGAAUGUUACUGCCAUUCAGGGACCCGGAGGAAAGUGGAUGAUCCCGCCAGAGGCCAAGGAAUCCAUGGAUAAGAACAAGAUGGGCCUGAAAGGCCCUUUAAAGACCCCAAUUGCAGCUGGUCACCCAUCUAUGAAUUUACUGCUGCGAAAAACAUUUGACCUUUAUGCCAAUGUCCGGCCAUGCGUCUCAAUCGAAGGCUACAAAACCCCUUACACUGAUGUGAAUAUUGUCACCAUUCGUGAGAACACGGAAGGAGAAUACAGUGGCAUUGAGCAUGUGAUCGUCGAUGGAGUCGUGCAGAGCAUCAAGCUCAUCACUGAGGAGGCGAGCAAGCGCAUUGCUGAGUUUGCCUUUGAGUACGCACGGAACAAUCACCGGAGCAACGUCACGGCUGUGCACAAGGCCAACAUCAUGAGAAUGUCAGAUGGACUUUUUCUGCAAAAAUGCAGGGAAGUCGCAGAAAAUUGCAAAGAUAUUAAAUUUAAUGAGAUGUACCUUGACACAGUAUGUUUGAAUAUGGUACAAGAUCCAUCCCAGUUUGAUGUUCUUGUUAUGCCAAAUUUGUAUGGAGACAUCCUUAGUGACCUGUGUGCAGGAUUGAUUGGUGGUCUCGGCGUGACCCCAAGUGGCAACAUUGGAGCCAACGGGGUGGCCAUCUUUGAGUCGGUUCACGGGACGGCCCCUGACAUCGCAGGCAAGGACAUGGCCAAUCCCACCGCCCUCCUGCUCAGCGCUGUGAUGAUGCUGCGCCACAUGGGGCUUUUUGACCACGCCGCAAGGAUUGAAGCCGCAUGCUUCGCCACAAUCAAGGAUGGAAAGAGCUUAACGAAAGAUUUGGGAGGCAAUGCCAAGUGCUCAGACUUCACGGAAGAAAUCUGUCGUCGAGUGAAAGAUUUAGACUAACAGUUCACCAGUGGUGUAUGCUGCAGUCACUCUUAAUGGACACCACCUCGUAAACCUCUCUGUAGGCGCCUGCCAUUCUGUGUGCAUUUGGUUUGCUUGUUUUUUGACAGAGCACAUUUUAAAAUCUGGCCUUUUCUUAACCAGUCUGUGCAAAGGAUGCAGGAAAUGUCCCUGAUCUGCUUUCAAAGGACUUUUUCCAAGUGCUUGUUUUAUUUAUUAAAUGUCUAUCUGGUAAACAUUGUUUUGUAAACUCUAAGUGGACUGUAUCAUUUGCCAUUGUUAACCAUUUUACACUUUAGUUUAAAUAAUUUUUCCUCAACUGUAAAUAUUAUGAUACAGAAUUAAUAAGAGAAAACAUACAACUUUUUAAACAGAAGUCCUGUCUUUGGUUUAUGACAAACAUAAUGGAAAUAAAACAGGACAUUGACAUAAUAGCACAAAAUGACAUUCUUAUAAAGCUAAAUGGGCACAGGAGAAAUUUCCUGGGAAAGUUCACAUCUAAAACAGCAAAAAAGGUAUAUUUCUUAGUGAUAUGGAAAAUAAAAACAGAUGUUUCCUUUACAUGAAUUACUAUGAAUAAAAAUUUCAGAUCCAAGAAAUAUAUAAUGAGCAAUAUAAUUUUUUUAAAAAAUUUAAAAUUUUUAAAUUUAUUUUAUUUAUUUUAUUUUUUUCAGUACCGGGGAUGGAACUCAGGACCUUGCGCUUGUGAGGCAGGUGUGGUGGCACUGAGCUAAAUCCCCAGCCCAGUAUAAUUUUGUCAAUGAGAUACAGAUAAUAUAUUGUGUACGAAGUCCCACAUGGAUCAUGUUUUUCAUGAUUUUACUUUGAGGUUUAAAACUCCGUGUGGCUCCUGAUGAAGCCGUGGGUGGUGCUGCCUUCUCCCUGGAUGCACUGUCACCAUUGCAUCAUCAAGGCCCCCAACCCUGUCCUACCUGAGUUGGGCCAGGAGCCGACCCUGUCACGUUCCCUGUAUCGUCACAGCAGGGAGAUGGCUCCACUCUCGCUGCUACUGCCGGGAGGCACUGCUCGAAGUCUGGUCCCUGGUGUUUGAGCUGCAGUUGAGGAACCCAGGGUGCUGGCUAUUGAUUUCACAUCUCAGCAGCUGCCCUUUUGCCUCCCCAAAAUCACUGUGCCCUUCACCCAGUCCCUGCCCUCUGCCUCAAUAGCACCAGCAUAAGAUGCCACUGUAGAGAAAGCUGACUCACAGAACGUCACCCCGAAGCCUGGUCUUGUCAGCCUGUGACCUUCAACUCCCUUCUCCCUGCACCCUCUCCCUGGUGGCAGCAUGAGCAACUGCACUUUGGCCCCAUACGCAUUCUCCCUUGCCCCCACCAGUUUGCAAACCUGUGGCUUUGCAUAAUGUCCCCAGAUCACAAGGGGAUUUCUUAACAGACGUCCUCCUCUGGGUCAUUUUUAAAGCUUGUAACCAGACCAACAAUCCUUACAUGUAUUCUAUUCUGUUUAUGCUGCUGCUUCUGUUGUUUUAUUGGAUUGUGCUAAUUACCAGUGGCUCUUGGUUCAUAGAAAUAAAGAAUUCCAAAACAAC